AUGUUUGCAGCCAGCCACUCAGACGAGGGUUCGGAUGUGGACUCGGAGCCGGGCCUGCCACUGAAGAGGAAACAGCGUCGCAGCAGGACCACCUUCUCAGCCGAGCAGCUGGAGGAGCUGGAGAGAGCCUUCGAACGAACGCACUACCCAGAUAUAUACACCAGAGAAGAGCUAGCUCAGCGGGCCAAACUCACAGAGGCCAGAGUACAGGUGUGGUUCAGCAACAGGAGAGCCAGGUGGAGAAAACAGGCAGGAGCCAAUCAGCUGAUGGCAUUUAAUCACCUGAUCCCUGGUGGUUUCCCACCUUCGGCCAUGUCGAGUUUGCAGCCCUAUCAGCUGUCAGACAGCCCCUACCCUCCCACCUCCAUAUCACAAAUGUCAGAGCAGCCCAGUACGGUCCUCAGGCCUCAGCCCCUCCCCCCCACCUCGGUGCACCAGGGUGGGCUCAGCUCCUCAGCGGGGGCCCAGGACGGUAGUUCUGCCUACUGCCUGUCUUCUGGACGCCAUGGCUUCUCCGGCUACUCGGAAAGCUUCGUGCCUCCGUCCGGCCACUCCAACUCAGUCAACCCCAGCAUCAGCAAUGGUCUUUCACCACAGGUAAUGGGGCUGUUGAACCCAGGAGGAGUACCCCACCAGCCCAGCCACCAGAGUGACUUUGCCCUCUCUCCCCUGACCGGAGGGCUUGAGCCCGGGGUUGGCAUGGCGGCCAGCUGCCACGGCUCCCAACGGGGCUUGGAGGGUCUGCCAGGCCUGACCAGCAUGCCCAGCUCCCAGUCCUACUGCCCACCCACCUACAGCUCGCCAGCCUACGCCAUGGAACACCACCCCUCCUACCAGUACGGACAGUACGGACAAAGCAAGGUGCCUUUCAUUAUCUGAAACCCCAACAUGGCCAGGAGUGGACGAGAUCUCUGGCCAACCUGACAGUCAACUCCGGAGAAAUCCCUCC